AUGAAGCUCUUCUCUUUGCUGUUGUCAUCGACGGGCACCGCGCGGCGGACCGCGCAUGACCCAGCUUGCUGGGAGGGCUUCCAGUACGAGGAGUGUUGCGGACCCUGGUUUGGGCCAUAUGGCAAUGCAAGCUGUUGGGACCAGACCUUCACUCCACAAAGAUGUUGCGGGGAGGAGUAUGCUGAGAAAACGCUUCAUAAGGAGCCUUGCCAGUGCUGCAACCGGACUCAUGAGCUUGCAAUCCCGAAGUUCUGGUCGAUUUCUGCCAGCGCCCAGAAGGAAGGGGUGCCCAUUUUCUUUGACGCUCUGACUCCCUGGGCGGAGUGGCUUCGGAAGGUUUAUCCCAAAUGGGAGCCGGACACCUUUGAAGUCUUUCGGCGCAUGGUCCCUGGGAGAUAUGUUUUAGACAUUGGCGCAUGGAUAGGUCCAACGGUUCUGUGGUCAGCGAACUUUGCCAAACAUGUCUUUGCCGUAGAGCCUGCCCCGACGGCCUAUUGCCAGCUGGUUGCCAACCUCAACUCAAAUCCAUUGUUCAUAUCAAGUCGGGUCUCUGCGGUUCAUGCAGCCUUGCAUAGGAGCAACAUGGAGAUGCAGAUUGAAAACUCUGGCGACUCGGAGGACAAGCUUCACUUGGGGCCUCCCCGACCCCGCCGGCACCGCCGGCAUCGUCGGAAGCUGGGUCAUGUGAAGGCGCGGACAAUUGAAGACCUGCAAGACGAGAUGCCGGGUAUCCGCGAGGUCUCGUUCGUAAAGAUUGACACAGAGGGACAUGAAGAAGUCAUCGUGCCUGCUCUGGAGUCCUUCUUCCGGCAAAAACGGCCGACGGUCUUGGUGUCUUUGCAUCCCAUGUUUCUUGGACACCGACGAGUGCAGAAAGUCGUCCAGCUUCUACAGCGGAUCUUCCCGUACCUUUACGAGGAGAAGCUAUUUUGGCGGAUCCCACAACGGGACGGAUUGUUUGGCGACCUGGGAGCCUCUUUGAAAGCGGAGGAAAAACGACACCGAUGCUAUUUUUGGCGUGUCGCACUCGUGGGACGGAGCGGAGAAGAAGACGCGCUGGUGGAACGGGGCGCGACCGGAGAGCACGGUGGAGAUUGCGGUGCUUCAACCGCGGCUUUGGGGCGGGUGAAGCCUCAUGCACUCUACCGCAUCAGUUUGCAGUGGAACGAAGAGCUCCGGAAGAAGAGGACAGCACAGAUGGUACAGAUGGCACAGAUGGAGACUCCGUUGGCACGGCGGAUGCGGCAGAACAUUCGCUUUUUGGCAGAUGACGCAUUGAAAGGUCGCAAGCCCGGUACCUUUGGAGAAGAGGUCGCUGCAGCCUUCGUGGCCAGCGAAAUGGAGGAGAUCGGGUGCCUUCCCGCAGGCGAGGAUGGCACGUAUUUUCAAACAGUGAAGAUGGUUGGCUUGACUGUGAAAGAAGAGACCUCAAGGCUUGGUUUCAAGGUGAAGGACUUUCAAAUCACGGGGACAUUUGGUGAUGAUUAUGUCCAUUCCAUGGAUCCAACGGACUGUGGCGAGAGCGAGAUCCUGUCAUCGCUGGAAAGCGACCUUGUCUUUGUGGGGCAUGGCGUCAAGGCGCCAGAACUGAGUUGGGAUGACUUUAAGGAGCAAAGCAUGGUUGGCAAAGUCAUUCUGGUUUUGGUCAACCAACCACAAGUUCCGCCCUUCCCAAGUGAUGAUAUGCUAUACUAUGGCCGCUGGUCCUAUAAGCUUGAAGAGGCAAGACGGCGAGGGGCAGCCGGGUGUUUGAUCAUCCAUUUUAGUGAAGAAUUUGCUGGUUAUCCCUGGAGUGUUACACAGACUGGCUACAAAGGAGAGAAAGUCUCCUUGGAGAAGGAACAGGUGAAUCCAUUGAUGCUGCAGGGCUGGUUGAGCCAAAGGAUGGGAGAAAAACUGGCGGAGGCCUUUGGUGGCACUCUGCAGAGCUGGUGCACAGAGGCCAGCAAGUCCGACUUCCAGCCCUUCACUGUGGGCCGCAUCUCUCAUGAGGUGGAAUAUCAGCUCCGACGCUUCCAGGGCCGGAACGUGCUCGGGCUCAUCUCUGGCAAUGUGGCCCCUCGCGAGGUGGUGGUCAUUGCUGGGCACCAUGACCACCUGGGAGAACAAGGCAAUGAAAUCUAUAACGGAGCGGUGGACAACUGCACUGGCGUGGCGAUGAUGCUGGCGACGGCGCGCCUCUUGAAGGACAUCUCCUUGGGCCGCUCCGUGCUUUUCAUGGCGCCCACCGCAGAGGAGUGUGGCAUGCUGGGCUCCGAGUUUUAUGCUCAACAUCCGCUGGUGGGCGGGCAGCUGAUCCAGCCAAUUGCGGCCUUCGCGUUUGAUGUGGGAAACGUGUGGGGCAAGACGGCGGAUCUGGCCAUUUUGGGCUUUGGCAAAAGCACCUUGGACCCAUUGCUGAUGGAAGCGGCUGAGAGCCAAAAGCUACGGAUCAUCCCUGACCAGCAACCAAAGAUGGGGCUCUUCUAUCGUAGUGACCACUGGAGCUUUGUACGUCAUGGAGUGCCGGGGUGCUGGUUCUUCUUUGGGCAUGAUUUUAUUGGCCGGCCAGCCACUUAUUAUGAGGAGGUGAUUGGUCGAUAUAUCAAGACGGAAUAUUAUAAGCCCGCGGACACCUACAAGGAGCACUGGAGUAUGGAGGGGCUACUGUCCCAAGUGGAAUAUACUGUGGCAGUGGUGAAGUUGCUAAGCUCCCGAACCGAUUUUUAUCCCAAGAUCCUUGAACAGGCGCCGCCGGACACUCCGCCUGUGCCAAGUCCGGACAACUCUUGGAGGAUGCAGCCCUUUGAGAUGGUGCCCCUGCGCAAGGGGGAGCUCUACGAAUCCACCGUGAGGAUCGGCAUCCAGGACCUCGAAGAGUUCCAAUUCCUGCGCGAUGCGGACGUGCUGCAGGCCAUCUAUCCAGCCGAGAAGGGCGGUAGCCAUGCAGUUCCGGUCUGUGGUCCCGAUUCCUUGGGACGCGGGAAGUUCUGGCGCCUCGCAGGGCAGAGUGGCCAAGCCUGGCGGAUCCAACUGCAGGCGACGACGGAAAGAAGCAGUUGUUGGAGCGGCGGGAGCGGCGGGAGCAGUUGCGGCGGGAGGGUGUCCUGUGUUCGACAGGUUUGGAUGGAAAGGACAUCAUAUAUAACAGUUAGAAUGGGCCUUGCCCAUCUUCCAACGCUGAACCCUGAACCCUCACAACCCCAAACAUACACACAUCCCCUCAAAAAAAACAUCAACAAAAUCAUCAACAUAACCCAUAACAAAAAUAUCACAAUCAAUAAUCAUAACAAUCAACCAUAA